AUGUCAGAUCUGGUGUAUUGCAAAGGUAAUCAUCUCGAACCAGAAAUGUGCUAUUGCGAAGAGUACUCUGCACCCACCAAUGUUCCUGUUGGCCAAAGAGAGCUUUGCACCGAAUGUUUGCAUGGGAAGAGCAAACAUCCUCGACCUCAACAGCCUGCAUCAGUGGCCGAGCCAUUGGUGCCUCCUGCACUGAAUCCAGGUGCUCUGAAGCCAUCCAAACCAGCAGCUGCCACAGCAAAGGAACGAUCUGGAGUGAUGGCGAUAUACAAGCAAUCACUUGCCCAACGUGCUAGGCAAGGCUCGGAACUCAAAUGUGAGGUGUUGACUGACAGUCGGAAGACAGUCACAGCCACGAGAAGUGAAGUUAUGGCAGGAUUCCGCCCAACUAUAAAGCAGAAAGUCACAGGGAGCAGGGUUGUAUCUUCAAGACGGGCCAUGGCCAGCAGCUCAUUGAAGCAACAACAGGUCCAGAUUAGAGUUGGCACUGUCACUGUCUUGAUCAAUUACCUCGAUGACAAAGGACAAUUGGUGCGCAGGGUCCCACCUGUGAAGACAGAGAUGUCAAAACUCAAGCGAAGGGGAUGUGCUCACUUUGACGAAGACGAGCCUGAGGACAAUAAAGUGGAUUUCAGCUUUUGCCCAGACUGGACAUUUGAAGAAGUCGAAGAAUAUUUUCGGAGACUUUUUCCAAAAGUCUUUGAGUACCUGGACUCCAUAAAGAAUGAUGAUGUAAAGGGGAAGGCUGUCGAUAACGGAGCAUCGUGGGCAUUGAUUUCGAAAGAAAACCGCUGGCUGAGUGUUGCACCUGAGCCACUGCCGAACGGUAAACAUCUUGAGCAGUACAGAGGCAGAAAUAACGCACCUCUUGCAGCGACUAAUAUUUUUAUCGCUAACCAGAAGUACAUACCUGAGCACAUUUGCGCACAAUGGGACCCAGACGUGAUCAUCAUUGAUAUAGAUUCCGAGGCAGGAGAAGAUCGAAAUGAUGAGCCUGAGGAUUCAGAUGCUCCAAAGACUGCGUGUCCAAAACACUCAAUCCGGUACACCGAACACGAAGAACCAGCUCGAAAGAGACUGCACGGAAUUCAUGGUCAGCCCAUCGCAUCAACAUCUCGAAUAAAUUUGGAGAACAAGGAAAGCUCUUCAAGUCACGUUAAACGCAAGUUUGAGUUCUUUUUUCUAUCUGCUCAGUGGACGUCUAACACUCAAGAUUUUACAGUUUUCGCUUCCGAUUCAGAUUCAGAUAACGGUCUUGACAUGCUGCCCAUUAGUCUGAAGGGAAUGUCACUCUCACCGCAGACUCAGAGAUGCGCUCUACGCUCUCUGACUGUGAUGCCUUCAAUUAAAGAUGAAGAACAGAAAGUUGACUUACAAGAAGUCUUCACAGGCCUGUAG